AUGAGUAUUACUACUUAUGUAUCCCCCUCUCUCUAUCCCCCUCUCUCUUUCUCCAGGUACUUUGACCCUCUGAGGAACGAGUAUUUCUUUGACAGGAACCGGCCCAGCUUCGAUGCCAUCCUCUACUACUACCAGUCGGGCGGGCGUAUCAGGAGACCCGUCAACGUGCCCAUAGACAUCUUCUCUGAGGAGAUCCGCUUCUACGAGCUGGGAGAAGAGGCCAUGGAGAAGUUCAGAGAGGAUGAGGGUUUUAUUAAGGAAGAGGAGAGACCACUACCUGACAACGAGCUGCAGAGACAGGUAUGGUUGAGCACAGACGUGUUGUACUCCCCGACAAAAGCCGAAAAACAC